UAAAAGUGUCACAGAUCAAUCGAAAUUUCGACCCACGGUACACAAUGCGUGCCCAGUUCGUCGUGUCAGCUCCACUGUGCAUGUGAAACAGCGGCUACAGCCGCAGGCUAAAGGCUUUGAUAACCCGCUGGCUGCUAUAUGGCGGCAUUAUGCCGUUGUUGUAGGCCAAAAUACAUUAGUGAAAUGUAACAAAAGCGUCUGAAAUGGGAGCUGAGAAUUAGACGAAACGUUGGCUAUUAGGCCAAGCCAGCAACGCACAACAACAAUAAACAGAUGCAGAUGGAGUUGGAGUUGGAGUUGGAGAUGGAAAACGAAAACGAGAACGAAAAGGCGAGCAUAAGCAAUGAGAAGUACAACAACAGCAACAGCAACAAUAAUGGAAACACAGGUCAUAAUGCGAACAGUUCAAACCGAGGCACAAUGUGGCGCCCCUGGCCACUUAACACAACAGAGUAA